AUGGCCCCCGUCCUCAGCCGAGUGAAACAGGAACAGUUACGGAAACGGCGCAACAACCUCUUGAAGCGCCACAAUGAUUUCUGGCGCCUGUACUCCAUUAAAAGCUGGCUAGUCAUGGAGAUGCCGAACGGAAGAAUAUAUACGUACCAGUCAAAUCCUGGUGUACAGAUGCCUAGUGAGGAAGACAUUAAUAGCCGCUCACAAUCCGCGGUUCAUCGGACCCCAGCCGACUAUGAACCUACUACGCCUCGUAAGCUGACCGUCCCGACGCCGCCCGUCUUUGAUAUGACUUAG